AUGACGAAUUUCGGGUUUUACAGUUUUCCGGUGAGGAAAUUCGUGGAAAACCUAGAGGUGACUAAGGGAAGGCUAAGCAAAACCGAACCCUUCCCUAUUCAUUUUCACGUGAAAUCGAGCGGAACGAACAAAGAGAGGCGGACGGUCGGACAGACGGCGGCUUCCGCGAGGGCGCUCUGGCGCUUUGGCGAAUAUUUUUCGGCGAAACUUUUAGGUCAAAUCGAAGAGGGCGGCGAGAGGAACACUCAGGUAGUGAUUAUUGAAGGGUGGAGUGAAAGACUUGUGUCGAAGCGACGUGUCGUAUUUGGUUUGAGGAGAGAAGUGAUGGCUGCUCGACGACCUUAUAUGUAUCGUCGUAGGGGACCUCAAGAUGAAAGGGGAACGGGUGACGAAAGGAAAUCCGCAAUGCUGUACAAGUCCGAGAAAAGGUCAGAGAUGGUUGCAGAUGGCUACAGAAUUCACGGAAACUCCGGCGACCAAUGGAGCGACUUGCUGGGUUCAAAUACUGGAAACCGUUCCUUUAAGCUACCAAAUCCAAUGUAUUAUAUUCCCUGAUAAAAACAUUGUCAACUAAUAAAAAGCAAAUUAGAUUCGUAAGUGGUCGAAUUGUUCAAGUGUAUGAUAAAUUCAUUUGUACAGUUGAUAAAAGGUCGUAAAAUUCCAUAACCACCAUUUGGUCAUUAUUCUUUCAGAUAAAUAAUUAAUGUUGGAAAUUCUUAA